ACUGCAAAAAUUAUGUAUGCUAAAUUAAACGAAUAAUAGGGUUUUUAUCACUUCUAAAUGCAUAUUUAUCUCAUAUGCAUCGAUAAGACUAUCUAUAUAUUCGUGCCAUUGCUGAAUAAUUUUUCACAUUGUUAAAGAUACUGUGCAGGAAGGUGUAAUAGUGUUUUAAAGAAAUUGGUUUCCCCUCAUAAAAUCAAAUUAUGGCUUCAGAACUUCCAGCAACUUUAAAUAAUUUGUUUAGUUAUAUUGACAAACAUAAAACAGAAUACAUAAAUAACUUGCAUGAGGUAGUGGCUAUAAAAUCUGUUUCUGCAUGGCCCGACCAUAGAAAUGAAAUAAUUAAAAUGAUGAAAUGGGCGGAAAGUAGAUUAAAAGAACUGGGUGCUACUACAGAAUUAGCAGAUAUAGGAAAGCAAAUGCUUCCAAAUGGAGAUGAAAUUCCAUUGCCACCUGUCUUAUUAGGAAACCUUGGGUCUGAUCCAAAGAAAAAAACUGUUCUUUUAUAUGGGCAUUUAGAUGUUCAACCAGCAUUGAAAGAAGAUGGUUGGGAUACAGAUCCAUUUACUCUUGUAGAGAAAGAUAACAAAUUGUAUGGGCGUGGAAGUACAGAUGACAAAGGUCCUGUACUUUGCUGGAUUCAUGCAUUACAAGCUUUUAAAGCUAUUGGAGUUGAUGUUCCUGUAAAUCUGAAAUUUGUUUUUGAAGGUAUGGAAGAAAGUGGAAGCGAAGGAUUAGAUGAUCUUUUAUGGGCACGCAAAGAUACAUUCCUACAAGAUAUAGAUUAUGUAUGCAUUUCUGAUAAUUAUUGGUUGGGUACUACAAAACCCUGCAUUACAUAUGGUUUGAGAGGUAUAUCUUACUUCGAAGUGGAAGUAACUUGUGCUGCUAAAGAUUUACACAGUGGUACAUUUGGUGGAAGCGUACAUGAAGCAAUGGCAGACUUAAUUUAUUUGUUAAAUACAUUGGUCGAUGUUAAUGGAAAGAUUUUAAUAGAAGGCAUUUAUGAUAAUGUUGCUAAGAUUACAACUAAAGAAUUAGAUGCUUAUAAAACAAUAGAAUUUGAUGUGAGUGAAUAUAAAAAAUCUAUUGGAACUAAUCGAUUGGCUCAUAACGAAGAUAAGAUUCAACUUCUGAUGCAUCGAUGGAGACAACCUAGCUUAUCCCUUCAUGGAAUAGAAGGCGCAUUCAGUGAACCAGGCGCAAAAACUGUCAUUCCAAGAAAAGUUAUUGGUAAAUUUUCAAUUAGAUUGGUGCCAGAUAUGACUCCUGAUGAGACCUUUGAAAGAGUAAAAACAUAUUUAAAUAAAAAAUGGGCUGCUAGAGGCAGUCCAAAUAUAAUGAAUGUUAGUUUGGUUCAUGGUGGAAAACCAUGGUCUGAAAAUCCUGAUCAUCCGCAUUAUGUAGCUGGGCGAAAGGCUACUAAACAUGUCUAUAAAGUUGAUCCCGAUUUAUCACGUGAAGGUGGUUCAAUUCCAGUUACUUUAACAUUCCAAGAAGUAACAGGUAAAAAUGUUUUGCUCUUACCAGUUGGUGCUGGUGAUGAUGGAGCUCAUUCACAAAAUGAAAAGUUAAAUGUCCGCAAUUACAUCGAGGGUACGAAAUUACUUGGUGCUUAUCUGUAUGAAGUAGCUCAACUUCAGUAAUUGAAGUUGUUUAUAAAAAAGUUAAAAUUUAUAUUAAUGUAUUACAAAAAUGUAUAAGUAUCUGCAUUAUA